GUGUGUGAGGGAGAGAAACACACAGAAAGGCAAGCGGAGAGGAGCUGAACAAGGAAUAUAACACGAGUGAUGCCAGAGAUAAGAGGAACAGCUUGAAUUUUGUAAUUUCCUGAAUCUCUCUCCACCUCUCUUUGAUUCUGCAACAUCUUACUCAUCAUCUGCCUUUUUAGAGCAUUUAGCUGAGUGCCUCUACAGCUGCGGUCUGAUUGAGCUCAUCUCCUGAGUGCAGCAGGACUGAAAUCGAAUGGUGAAUGCGCAAGAGUGAGUAAGGACUUUGUUGGGAACUCCUGCCAAAGAGAUUGAGAAACGAGGAAGGAGAGCCAUCAGUGGACACACUGCGACUCAGUGUGGCCCUGAGAGAGGGAGAGAGAGAGAGAGAGAGAAGAGGUGAGCUGAAGAGGUAAGAUGAGUCUAAACAAUGGUCAAACUCUGACCGUCAGUGGACACGACUUGACCAGAAAUGGCAGCAGCAGCAGCAGCAGCAGCCGAGCACCCUGGGAAGAUGCUAGGACGGUUUUAAAGCCCUCCACCCCCACAAGGAAACCUAAACCAUUAAAGCCUGAGAAUGCAGUCACCAUCGCCGUGUCAUCUCGAGUCCUCUUCAACAUGGAGAAGGAGCAGCAGAUCUACGAACAGCAAGGCAUGGAGGAUUACAUCAAGUAUCAGGUGGAGCAUGAAGCAGAGCCUUUUAGCCCCGGACCAGCCUUCUCCUUUGUCAAGGCUCUGGAGGCUGUGAACACUCAGCUGAGGGAGCUUUACCCCGAGAGCGAGGAGCUCUUUGAUGUUGUGCUUAUGACCAACAACCAUGCAUAUGUCGGACUAAGACUCAUCAACACCAUCAAUCAUCACAAGCUGUUCAUUGAGCGCUUCUGUAUGACUGGGGGAAACAGUCCUAUAGGCUACUUGAAGGCCUACCACACUAACCUGUACCUGUCUGCUGACUCAGGAAAGGUUCGAGAAGCUUUGGAGGAAGGUAUAGCAGCAGCCACCAUGUUCACCCCAGAGAAGAUGACGGAAGUGUCGGAGACUCAGCUGCGUGUUGCUUUUGAUGGUGAUGCUGUCCUCUUCUCUGAUGAGUCUGAGCGCAUUUACAAGGCCCACGGACUGGACAAGUUCUUUGAACAUGAGAAAGCCCAUGAGAACAAGCCUCUGGAUCAUGGGCCACUUAAGGGCUUCCUGGAGGCUUUAGGAAAGCUGCAGAAGAAGUUUUAUGGCAAAGGCCAGCGGAUGGACUGCCCCAUCCGGACCUACCUGGUGACGGCUCGCAGUGCAGCCAGCUCUGGUACCAGAGCCCUAAAAACUCUGCGCUCAUGGGGUCUGGAGAUCGAUGAGGCUCUCUUUCUGGCAGGGGCACCCAAGGGCCCCAUGCUGGAGAAGAUCAGGCCUCAUAUUUUCUUUGAUGACCAGAUGUUUCAUGUGGAGGGGGCAGCGGAAAUGGGGACAGUGGCGUGUCAUGUGCCCUAUGGGAUAGCUCAGAGAGUCACCAAAAAAGGAAUAAUGGACAAAGAGUUUUCUCCAGCACCCAAGUAGCCGGGACAUCACAGUGAAGAAUUACAGCAGACUAAAGAGACAUUUAAUUUUGGCUUUUAGCAGCUGUGGAUGUGGUAACUACUUAAAAAUGGGAAAAGUAUGGUAUGGUUGAAAAUGUGAUUAAACCCUGCGGUGCAAUAUGACCAGUAUAUUAUCUGAUAAUGUCAUGUCAUUACAUUAAUUGAAUUAUUGACAGUUGUCAUCGACAGUGUAUGACACUUCAAUCCCUUUAGAGGGUUAUUUCAUCCAUUGGUUGUUACAUUCAUACUUCACAAAGGGGAACUAAUUUCUAUUGAUCGAUCCUUGGCUUUAUAAAUAUAAAGCUUUAUCAACUGUUAAUUAAUCAUUUACUGAAGCUUUAUAGAUUAGUUAUAAGCCAUUAAUUAGAAUAAUGUUUGAGUUGCCAGUUUGCCUUUAUUAAUGUAUGGUGAACCAAAUGUAUUAUUCCUAAAGAGAAAGGAUAAACACCAACCUGGUAACCUGGAAUUUGUUCUUAUUAAGGGCUGACUGCUCUAUAAAGCAUGUGUAAAUAAUGUAUUAACCAUUAAUAAAGCCAUUACUUACAACUUUCAAAUCCUUUAUAAAGAUUACCUUAUGAGAAAGUGGUACUCUGUGCUGUUAGUGUUUAAAAUUUCUAUUUGCAGUAUGAGAUGUACCUCACAGUCUAGCAGCAUCAUCCUUUUAUUUUCUCUACUGAUAUAUUUUCCCCACAUUUACUCACACAACGUAUAAUCAUUUGAAAGACAAACGCUAUUGAAAAAAAAGUAUAUUUAAAAUAAAAAAAAGUGCAAAUUCUAAUAUUUAUUUAGAUGUCAGGUUACUGAGGAAACAUCAAUUGACUUAAGACUAUUUUUGAUAAAGAGGGAGUCUGAAUGCAGCCUUUAUGUGCAAACCUGUGUUACACAGCUGCAGUGAAGACAUGCAAUCAGUAACUUUAUGCAAAGUCUCUAUUUGGAUUUUUACAGUUUUAUCACUUAACUACUCGUCUGUGUGUUUAAAGGUUUUUAAAACUGGUGCCUUUUUCUCAUUGUUGUUUUAUAGAUGUUUUUUGUCUUGCACGUUGUUGGUAAAUGUAUGUUGUACAUGUGGUUGUUUGAUCAAUGUAUAUGAAUGUAUUUUAAGAUUGCAAAUUAAGAAUAUUGGUAAAAAAAUUGAAUAUAUUUAUUCUUUAUAUUUAUUUAAUAUUUCCUCUUGUUCAAGACAAUAAAGAUAAGUUUUAUCAUACAGCAUACAGCAUUUAUUGUCAUCCACCAUGUGCAAUUUCCCUUUGUCCCUAAAGUGCCCAAAGCCCAGUGUGUCCGUUGUUGUUGCCUGUCUGUCUUAUUUUGUCAUUUAGGUGUGUUACUAUCAUUGCUGUGUUGCUGUAUGUGAGUGUGAAGCAUGUUGGUAUUGAAUGAGACCAAACUUGUGAAAUGUGGGCUAAAUAAGAAAUGUGGCCUGUCAUGCAAUCAAGCUUUUCUGUUUCAAGAUUGAAGUAAAAAUUACUGUAUUUAGAAACACAGUUUACUGUUUUUUUCUCUAAUAAAAAUAUAGAAUAUUGGUUAUUGUUCA